CAACUAGGGGCCUUAUACAGCUGGCGGCAUUAGUGUCGCCCUUGCGCGGCUCUGAUAUUGGCCCAUUCAGGGCUCCGUAACAGAGAGGCUCAAUCCUACACACACGGAUAGAGUAGAGACGCUGCUGCCCAGACAACAAGUCAUGUGACCCGCAGUAUCAUGGGGUGCCCUGGUAGUGAAUGUGGCUGCUGGAGCUCUGCCAGUGGGAGUUACGGUGUGUGAGUGCUGUCAAUUUUAUGCGUUUUCUGACGUUAGCAAUAAACGACUGAUUUAAAGGGGUACUGUAAGGACUGCAUGGUGUAUGUAGUUAUUUGCUGAUUAUUUUCUGGUGAACCAUCAUGCCUAAGAAAAAAAAAUCAAUGGCACCUGAAAGAAAUACUUUUGCCAUACAUUCCCUCAAUUCUUAUGGGAAUGGGAUCAUGAGCCUUGCAGUGUUUGCUGGGGUGUCUGCAGUGUACAUAAAGACAUUACACCCAUCCGUGCCCGGCGGAGAUUCAGGGGAGCUGAUCACAGCCGCAUAUGAGCUUGGAGUUGCACACCCUCCUGGUUACCCACUAUUUACAAUUUUGGCUAAAAUGGCAAUUAUCAUUUUGCCCAUUGGUUCUGCUGCAUACAGGGUAAAUCUUCUAUGUGGCGUGUUUGGAGCAGCGGCAGCAUCUCUUCUGUUCUAUACAACAUCUAGGCUUACUGGCUCGUAUGCAGCAGGAAUCCUUGCUUCAGGGUUGUUUUCGUUUUCCCGUCUAACAUGGCACUGGUCCAUUGCAGCAGAGGUUUUCAGCCUGAACAAUCUGUUUGUGGGGCUGCUUAUGGCUCUUACAGUAGGGUUUGAGGAGGCAAAGACUACAAAAGACAGAUCAAAGAUAUCUCAAUUUGGUGCUUUCUGCUGUGGACUUAGCCUGUGCAAUCAGCACACUAUUGUUUUCUAUGUUGCAAGCAUUGUGUUGUGGGUCCUUUUUCUCCAGUUUAAUAAACAGGAAUUGUCUUUGUAUGGCUUAUUGAAGUUGGGAAUAUGCUUUGCUGUGGGGCUUUCUCCUUACUUGUACUUAAUUGUCUCAUCAUAUUUGAAUCGAGCAAGAUGGACCUGGGGAGAUCAGACAACUGUUCAAGGGAUCAUUACUCAUAUCCUUCGAGAGGAGUAUGGUACAUUCAGUCUGGCUAAAUCGGAGACAGGACCUGGUAUGAUGGGAAUGUUAAUUAACCAGAUCAGUCAUAUGAACACAGAGCUCACUUAUGUAGCACAAGUCCUUGCUCUUCUCGCAUUGCUCUUCUGCUUUGGAACUAGGGACAAAAAGACCUCUGUGGUUACUUUAUUCACCAUAAUGCUCCUUUGCUAUUCCUUAUUCUUUGCCUGGAGAGCAAAUUUAGAUAUCUCUAAGCCACUCUUCCUCGGUGUGGUGGAGAGAUUUUGGAUGCAGAGCAAUAUAGUUAUUAGUCUUUUUGCAGGCCUCGGAAUGGCCUUUUUGACCAACAUUCUGAAGAGGAAAAUUAACAAAAGGGACAUUAUUCAGUGUAUGGAAUGGAUUUGUGCCCUAGUGGUUAUUUUUAACCAAAUUAGAACCAAUUACAGAAUUUGUGAUCAAAGCAACAAUUAUAUAGUAGAUCAGUUUGCAAGAAAUCUUCUCUUUUCAAUGCCAAAUGGUUCAGUUAUCUUACUAAGAGGUGACCUGCCAGGCAACUCAUUGCGUUAUCUCCAUUACUGUGAAGGACUCAGACCUGACUUGGCACUGGUAGACCAAGAGAUGAUGACAUAUGCAUGGUAUGUACCCAGUCUUGCAAAGCACAUAUCCAAUGUUAUUUUUCCUGGAAGCAAGUGGAGUCCAGUGGAAACAAAACUUGCUGAUGGGACAACAACCUUUAACCUUCAUCAUUUUCUCAAAGUAAAUGAACGUAAAGAAAUAUUUUCCUGCAUAGGAGUGAAUGAAGGGGAUCCAACAUGGCAGAAAAGUUAUUCAUUAUGGCCUUGGGGAGCUUGCGAGAAACUGGUCCCUAAAAGUACUCCUUUUGAUGCAGAGGAAUGGAUCAAGCUUACAAGGAACCUAUAUAACUGGACAGAAGAGCACGGAAGGUUUCAUGCGUCUUCUUGGGAAUCUGUAGCAAAUGAAGAAAUGUGGGAAGCUCGGACAAAAACAGCAUUCUUUAUAUUUGACCUGGCAGACAAUGCUCAUAUAUCUCCUUCUGUGAAAAAUCAACUCUAUUUCUAUUCCUAUAAGUUGUAUAAAGAGAUUAUAACGUCACACAAUAACCAUCCAGUAAACUGGAGCAAAAAUUUUGCUAUUGCCUGUGAAAGACUCUUACGCCAGCAAAGAGCAGAUGUCAACCCAGAAACGCUUCUAACUGAGGCCAUCAAGUAUUUUUCCAUAUAUGUGAAAAAGGCGCCUGAGGAUAAACAAAGGGCUGCAAUAUUCCAAGCUGUGACAUAUUUAAAAGAAGAACUUGUUCGAUUAAAGAAGAUUAAAAGCAACACGAAAGCAAACAAAUAAAAGAGAACUGUUGCCCAUUUCUCAGUAUUUAUGUUAGCCUUGCCUGCAACAGACUAUUUGCCAAGAAGAACUAGCAUUUCAUUUGCCAGAGCAGUUGUACAAAAUUCCCUGCAAAAGUAUUGUUGUAAAUUUUUUAAAAUUUAGAUUUUAAAUAGUAUUACGCAAUUCCUUAUUUGAAUCUGAAUUAUAACAAUGUUAUAGGCUGUCAGUAUAUGUUUAUUAUUGAUUUUUCUGUGAAAUGGAAACUUAUUGGGUUUAAAAAAUUAUGCUGUAAACUGUAGUAUUGCCAAUUCCAUCAUGUAUUCCUAAUAUUGCCAUUCACUGUAAUUAAUGGAGUUAUUUUGCUUUAGCAUUACUUGCAGAGCUAAAUUAGCUUCCAUUUCUGGUCAUAGAAGCAUUGCAUAGCUUUCUUGCCCUCUCUCUCUGCCCACAGUAGUGUGGACAGAUGGCUUCUCUGAUGCAGCCACAACAGUUCUGAUUGGUUGUUUUCCCACAACUAAAGAUGUAUGCCCAUGUUUGAAUGAAAUGCUGUGAUUUCAAUACAGACUUAACCGAAACCUCUCAAACAAUGUCAUAAUGUGUUCCACACAAUCCAAAUGUGUUCCCAUUACCAUAUGCAAGGGGACAGGAACUAUUGUAUUUUUAUACUACUGUAUGAUACAAUAAAAUAUGUACAAAAACACU